AAUCACUAUAAAUGCCGGCCUUUUCAACCAAAUUUCUGUUAACAUUUGAUGGGGUUUUCGUUACUGAUGGACUAUGAGUUGCCAAGCCUUUUCAAAAAAUAUUGGUCCAGCUCUGAUUGCUUGGUUUCUCCUUAUAUUUCUUACUGUUUUGUAUUUAGUGUUUAUGUAGGUUAUUAUAAGCUUACUACUAACUUUUCAGUUGUUGGGAUUUUAGCAAAGAAACUAGUUAUGCAUUUACUGUGUGUCAUUCUUUACUGUUUUUCUUUGUGGUAUCUGCAUUUGGCAAGGCAACCUUCAUGGACCCUGGAUAUUAUGCUAUGGGUGCGUCCUGUGUCUCACACUAACCGUUUGUAAAUAGGGGUUCCCGGUGAAAAGAUGACUACUGUUGAGAAAGGUUCCCCUCGUACUGUAAUGUAUAAGUCUGUUGACAUAAAUGGAGUUUCCACCCGUUUGAAAUGGUGUGUCACAUGUGAAUUUUACAGACCUCCUCGCUGUUCUCAUUGCUCUAUUUGCAAACAUUGCAUUGAUGUAAGUUGUUCAGUCCGCCAAAAGAUUUUCAGACGUUUGAUCAUCAUUGUCCUUGGCUGAACAAUUGUAUUGGGAAACGAAACUAUCGGUAUUUUUUUUCGUUCCUACUCACAUUAACUCUUCAUAUGAUUAUUGUUUUUGGCGUGUCCAUGACGUAUGUUCUGAUGCGUACGAAUGAACUCUCUCACUACAAAGUCAUUAUUGCGUAUCCUUUAUCUUGUGUCUUUUUAACUGAAGACAAAACUUUCAGUAUUCCUUAGCUUAUCUUUCAGCAUUGGCGUGUUAAUUUUGGUAGGCUUAUUGCUGCUUCCUGUGCUAGGUCUGACGGGAUUUCACAUUUUUUUAGUCAGCAAAGGACGAACUACAAAUGAACAGGUAAGUCUUAGGUGACUUUCGCCCGAGAGUUUUGUCACUAUAUAUUUCAUCAAGAUGUUUGUACAAAUAUCUUUUGUUUGUCGAUAUUAACCUGCUGAGAUUGCUAAUUCCCAUAUGUCAGAGGAAUGUAUCCGCUAUGACUUGGGAUUUGAGCAUGGAUUUAAUUAUCUUCAAUAAGUUACCAAUUUGACUUUAGUGGCCUAAAUUCUCCAUAAUUUGGAAUUCAUGUGCUUCAUGAGUUAGGGUGUACAGCCACAACACGUGGGUCAACUAAGUAUUACUUUUGAUUGUAAGAUUUAAAAAAUGGAAAACUUUCCUGGCAACCUAUUGAUCAGUGCUUUUAGUCUGAAAUUACAACGUGAUUUCAACUCAAAAGUGUCUUACCUGUGUCUUUAUAUUUCCAGACUGACCAAAAAAUGAAAACCAAUUGUUAUAGAACUUCUGACAAAAGACGACGAACUUUCGAUGUAUGAUAGUUUGGUAUUAAAUAUUUUAGACUUGAAAUGAUAUGUAUAAUUCUAGUCUUUUAGGUGUUUCUUUGAUAUCUGUUAAUUCUUGUGAAUUAUUUUUUUGAUAGACUUCAAUUUCAUCUCCGUAAGUUUAUAGUCACUCUAUUCCCAAUUCUGAUCCUACAACUGCUUAAUUAUGGUAAUGUAACUUACUCUUGUUUCAUUUGUUUACCUCAUUAUUGUUAUAUUCUCAUUAUGCAACGUUUUUUUCCUUCAUAAUUUCAAAGGUCACUUCAAAAUAUGAUCUUGAUAUGAACCCUUAUGAUCGCGGCCUGUGCAAGAACUGGCUACACAUUUUUUGUACCUCUCAACCACCUAUAUUGAAUAGACCAAAUGUAGCAGAAGUUGAUAUGUGGGAAAUAUCCUAUAAUGGUAAACCUAUCAAACACCGCCAAACAUCAAAUUUGCGUUCUGGUUCUAAUAACUACAAGCUUUCUGAUACUUUUAAAUCAUCUAAAAACCCGGUUGAUAUUGUUAAACAGGGAGAAGUUGUUUGUGAAAAGGUGGAUUUGGAAGAUAUAGUUAAUCAUUCUUCUGAUCAACGAAACACAUCUGAAUUAAUAUCAAGUGUUCAUCAUGAAUUAAACAAAUCUCUUUCACCCAACCCACAAUCAAAAGUUUUAUCCCUUAAAGAGUUUUCAAAUGCAACCCACACUAAUGAAAACCUUAUGUCUAGAUCGCAAUCUCCUGUUUGUGGAAGGACUGGCGAAUUAAAUAAAACAAAUCCAAAUCUUGCUUUAGUAGGAACAAAGUCAAAGUCUUUAGGUAACAAAGAUCAAGGUAAAAGUCUACUGAUUGGGACAAAUACACCAAAAUAUGUAUCAAAUGAAAAUAGUGCUAGCUUUAAUUCUAAUAUCAAUUCUGUUGUAACAUCUACUAAUGUCCCCACAAAAAUCAUAUCCGAUAGAGAUCGUUUCGGCAUAAAAGGUGACCAUUUAACUCCACUUCUAGGAUCUCAAGCGAAUUCGGACGUUGACUUGAUUCGAGGACGUCAAUUGCAAAAACUUACCAUAGAAAACCAAAGUAAGUCGAGUAAUUCGCUUCAUCUCAGACAACAGGAUCAGAGUGCCGCUACCGAAAUUGGAAGAAGUUCUUCACGUGAUUUUUCUUCUCGUUCCAAUGAAAAUAUGUGUCCUUGUACAUCAUCUAAUUCGAUGAUGAAUAUCCGCGAUCGAGUCACCCUACCGAUAAGUUCACAUGGUGCGCUAUUUUCUCAACCGCGUGUUGCUACUGCCGAACAAUUCAGCACUCAGGAUUUUAAUGGUACACAAUGUACAUCUAAAUCUUACUCUCCUUCAACAGGUCGUGGUAUACAUUAUGUCACGUCAGCUACACUUGAUUGUUACACCCCUGAAUCUGUAAAUCUACCAACUAGCAAUAUAUCAAGGGGUUUUGUGAAAUCAAUGAGAUCUGAACAACGCCGUCAUGAAUUUCCGCACCAGUUUUAUCCUCGGUCUCCUGGAAUGCAAGUAGAUCAAAGACACUUACUACCCCAUAAUGAAGUUGCCAAUCAUUUAUCUCCACGGUCACUUCACAGUCUUCCUCCACCUCUACCUCCUCAUGGCUCCCAGACAAAUAUUUCUCAUGCUCGUCCAUUUUGGCCCCCAGCUGUACCUCCUCAUGGUAUUUCUAAAUCAGUACCAUAUUUCUUGCCGGUUGAUACAGCUAGUCAAUUUAGUAAUACCACAGCAUCCUCUAAUCUUCGUUUGGUCAAACCACCUUAUUUCAGUAAUCCUCAUGGGGUUCAAGUGGAUGGAUCUAGUUACUUCAUAGGUAGUCCACGUACAAAUGAGCAGUCAGCUUCAAAAUUUGUAUCUCAGUCAUUUGGUUCGACUCAUUGUCCUUCAGUUAUGACACAAGCUGGUUCACGUCCUACGCCACCAUUACCUCCGCAUAAUCGAAUAUCUAAACUGAAUGCACCAAACAAUCGAAUGCAAUCAACUGGACAUAGGAAUUCUAAUCAUUUAGUCACACGAUGGCAAAAGGAUGGUGAUUCUAAUUCUCCUGAUGGGACUUUUGAAAUUUCAGUUUAGAAAAUGUGUGUUGAUAAUUCCUUUAACCUAAAAGUGAUGCUAAAAUUUUUAACCAAGUUCUUUCAUUUUUUGUUUUCGUUGUUUUUCAUUAGUCUUUCAAAAUAUCUUUGACCACUGUAAAAUUCCUUGUCACUCAACGAAAGAAUUUAUCUUGUUGCUUUUAUAAAUCUCUACAACUUGUUGUAUAAAUAACGUUUCUAAGCUAUAUUCUGUGACUAAUAUGUACUCUACUUGUAACGAUAUGUUCAUAAAGUUUAAUAUUCAUGAAUUUGAAAAAGAUUCGUAGGCAAAUAAUGGAAUAUUCUAAACGUUAUUAUGAAAUGAACAACUAUACAUAUACCUAUGUGCAAUAAAAAACAACUACUCUUAAUUGUUAUCUAUUUCUUCUUCAGGAUUUUACGCAUAGUUUACGUUUUAUUCAUUGGAUUCUUUCUUUUAGAAAAUGCAUUAUUAUAAACUAUACAACGAAUUCUCAUUAUUAUCUAGGCUCUCAAUCAAAUCAAAGAAAAAAAUAUACAAAUUUCAUACCGUUUUAUAAAUUUGUUCAGUAUUCGACAAUGUAAACAAAAUAAUUAAAAAAACUCAUGCUUGUAUAUUACAUAAUUUUUACCGUUUUUUUUAAAAAUUGCAAUUAUAUAUGCAUCUAUUUGUUCAUAAAUAUGUGAAUCCAAUUUCACUGAAUAAUAACGGUACAUAAAAUUGUUGCUGCUAAUGUUGAUGGGUGACCUACAACUGCCUUUAAUUUCUACAUUUGUUUGAAAGAAAAUUCCUUCUAAAUUAAAUAUUAUCAACUGUGUUGUGUUUGUAUAUCUUGUGGCCUUUUUGUUCUUAAUCAUACAAUAAAAAUAUACGUUUAUACUAUGUUGGAAUGAUUAUGCCUAAUUAUUGAACAAGUGCUGUGUACACCUUCAUGUAGUACGUUGUUACGUCAAUUUUAUGUACAAUUUUCUGCUCUGUACAGAAAAUAAAAGUGAAUUAAUG